UUGGACGAUCAGUUGACCGAUCAGUUGGUCGACCAGUUGAACGAUCAGUUGGUCGAUCAGUUGGUCGAUCAGUUGGACGAUCAGUUGGUCGACCAACUGAUCGACCAGUUGGUCGAUCAGUUGGUCGAUCAGUUGGUCGACCAGUUGGUCGAUCAGUUGGUCGACCAGUUGGUCGAUCAGUUGGUCGACCAGUUGGUCGAUCAGUUGGUCGACCAGUUGGUCGAUCAGUUGGUCGACCAGUUGGUCGAUCAGUUGGUCGACCAGUUGGUCGAUCAGUUGGUCGAUCAGUUGGUCGAUCAGUUGGUCGAUCAGUUGGACGAUCAGUUGCCCAACCAGUUGCCCGACUAG